CCCUCCAUGGACUGAGAUGGCCUCGGAGCUGGCCAUGAGCGCGGAGCUGCCCACCAGCCCCCUCGCCAUCGAAUACGUGAACGAUUUCGACCUGAUGAAGUUCGAGGUGAAGAAGGAACCGGCGGAGGCGGAGCGGCUGUGCCACCGUCUGCCCGCCGGUUCCCUCUCCUCCACCCCGCUCAGCACGCCCUGCUCCUCCGUGCCUUCCUCGCCCAGCUUCUGCGCUCCCAGUCCCGGUGGGCAACCGGCCCCCGGUCCCCCAACUACCACCGCCGCCUCCCUGGGCUCCAAACCGCAGCUGGAGGAGCUGUAUUGGAUGUCGGGUUACCAGCAUCACCUCAAUCCCGAAGCUCUCAACCUGACGCCGGAGGACGCGGUGGAGGCGUUGAUCGGUGCCCCACACCAUCACCAUCAUCACCAUCAAGGUUACGAGCCUUUCCGACCUCAGCCCUUCGGUGGCGAGGAGCUACCGCCGGCCGCCCAUCACCAUCCCGGCCAUCACCAUCAUCAUCAUCACCACCUGCGCUUGGAGGACCGCUUCUCCGACGAUCAGUUGGUGAGUAUGUCGGUACGGGAGCUGAACCGGCAGCUGCGGGGCUUCAGCAAGGAGGAGGUGAUCCGCCUCAAGCAGAAGAGGAGGACCUUGAAGAACCGAGGCUACGCUCAGUCUUGCCGUUACAAGCGGGUCCAGCAACGGCACAUCUUGGAGAACGAGAAAUGCCAACUCCAGAGCCAGGUGGAGCAGCUCAAGCAGGAGGUGACCCGCUUGGCCAAGGAAAGGGAUCUGUACAAAGAAAAAUACGAGAAGUUAGCCGGCCGGGGCUUCCCAAGGGAGCCCUCCCCAGCCACCAAGAAUUUUGGGGGCUCCCUAAGUGUCUGGGUGGAGUCUGGCCAUGGGAUCAUGUUGGGAGCUAUUGUAACAUGA